AUGUCAAUAAAUUCCAUUGAAAAUCUCUGUGAUGAAUUAUUUUAUGAAAUUUUCGAUUAUCUUAAUGGUUGCGAACUUUAUUAUGCUUUUUCAAAUCUUAAUUCUCGUUUUCAACAAUUAAUUAAUUCUUCAUCACUUCUAUUAAAACUAAAACUUAUUUAUUCACGUACACAAGAAAUAUUUAUGAAUAAUUAUCAACAAGUUUUAUGUUUCAAUAAAAAUCAAAUAUUGUCAAUCCAUUUAUGGUUAUCAGAAAAUACUAAUCAAAUUAUUUCAUUAUUGAACAUUGAUUCAUCAUUUAUUCGUCUUGAAUCUCUUAUUUUGAAUUCAAUUGAACCAGAUCUAUUAAAUAAACUUCUUCCUACAUUGAUUGUUUACCUCGUCUUUUCUCAUUAA